GGAUUACUACAGCUACAACUACUAUGUAGCAUGCAUGGAUUGCAGCAAAGGGCGAGACAGACAAUUAUUGGGCCAGCGACGGACGCGGCACGGCGGCAUAAUAUACUCUGGCUCAGCAACUGGCAACGCGCCUCUUCUGCUCGCCGUGCCUCUGCCUGUCGCGCGUCGCAUCAGGACGAGGCAGUGUGCAAGCCGCAAGCCUACAGUCCAACCCUGGCGAUGCGGACACCAUCCGGCUUGCAAGUGGCCUCGUCUGGUCACUCGCAAGCCGUCGUGUCUCAGCUACCCGGCCCUGCCAGUGCUGCCAGCCCUGGUAGACGACGCGCGAUGUGA